UCGCUGCAGGAUAUUUGUUGAAGAAAAGCGCGAAAACUAAUGGUUGGAGCAGGCGAUGGUUUGUUCUAAAUGGGAAGACAGGAAAGCUUGGUUACACAAAAAAGCAGAGGAAAGACUUUUUCGUGGUGUUAUUACGUUAGAGGAAUGCAACAUUGUAGAGGUUUCAGAUGAAGAGGAUCCUCCAUUAAAGAGCUCAAAGGGUAAAAAGUCCAAUGGACCUGAUUCUGGCAAACCCAGCCUUGUUUUCAAGAUCACUACUACAAUUCCAUAUAAAACUGUUUUGAAAGCACAUAGUGCUGUUCUUUUGAAGGCUGAGAGUGCAGCUGACAAGGUUGAAUGGAUUAAUAAGAUAAGUAAUAUUAUACAAGCACGAGGAGGACAAAUAGCUAUUUCAUCUAAUGGUUCCUUGGAUACAAUGUCUCAGAGACUUGCAGAUCCCGAAGAAGAACUACGAUGGAUGUCCCAAGAAGUCUGUGGUUAUGUUGAAGCUGUUUUGAACAGUUUAGCUGCCAAUGUACCAAAGGCAGUUGUCCUUUGCCAAGUUGAAAAAGCUAAAGAAGACAUGCUGAAUCAAUUAUACAGUUCUGUCAGUUCUCAAAGCACGGCUAAGAUUGAGGAGCUGAUACAAGAGGACCAGAAUGUGAAGCGAAGGAGGGAACGUUACCAAAAGCAAUCCUCACUUCUCUCGAAACUGACACGUCAACUGAGUAUUCAUGACAACAGUGCAGCUGCUGCCACUAGCUGGUCAAACGGUAGUGUUGAAGAGAGUAGUCCAAGAAGUGAUGGUCCAGGUGAUGAUUGGAGAACUGCUUUCAAUGCUGCUGCUAAUGGCCCCAGUAGUCGUAGCAGUUCAUUAAGAUCUAGAUCUAAUGGUCACAGUCGAUCUAAUGGUGAUAUAGUACAGAAUGGUGAUAUGAACUAUGGUUCAAACUCCGGUAGUCGUCGUACUCCUAACCGAUCAGCCCCCGCCCCGCCUAGUUCUUCUGGUUACAGAUUUUAACAGGUAGUUGGGGACGCGGAGUCUCUCCAUUUUCUUAUUAUCCUUUUCCCUCUACUUUUUACUCAUAACCAUUGCAUUAAAUGAAUUUGUUUUGGUCAUAGAUUUGAUGAAUGGUUAUGAUUAGGGAAGUGAAGGGAAAAUGAUGAUAAAGAAAUGGAGAGAUUCUAGGUCCGUUGCUGCUUGCGAUCAAAUCUUUAAUCUUUUGAAGUGAAAUUUUGCUGAAGUGAAGAGAUGAGAAGAGAGUGAUGUGGGUUCCACCUCUAUCAUUGUGAGCCUCUUUCUCUCUUUCACUCUUCACUUCAUGAGACGACACUUGAGAGAUUACCAUAUGUACAAACUAAAGUGGGGAGGGAGGAUUUUAGUCGUAUUGAUUCUCUGUUUCUGGCAGGGUAUAUUUAGUGAUACGAGAUGUUUGUGUACAUAGAAGACCAUAUGUUUGUGUAUAUGUAGUAUAAGGCUUUUCUGGCGUGUCCCAGUAUCAUGCAGACGAAGUCAAGAUGGACUUGAAUCUCA